GGAAUAUAUACUCAGUUUAGUUCAGGUAAUUAGUUCUUAUAUAAAUACAAGCCAAGUUUUUGUCCCAUUCAUUGUGUGGCCACAGUUUACUAGAAACGAUGAGAAAGUUUGUGAUAUUCUUGUGCAUUCCGCUUGUGUUUGCGGAGUAUUUAGACAAAGUUUUUCCACCACAGAAUUUCGAACGAGUUGUUGGGGGCAAGGAUGCACCGGAAGGAUCAGCGCCAUUUCAAAUAUCAUUACAGACUAGCAAGGGCCAACAUAUGUGCGGAGGAGCCAUCAUAGGAAAAGAAUGGAUUAUCACGGCUGGACACUGCGUUAGUGGGAGAACUCCAGAAAGUCUCAAAGUUUUAACGGGCACCCAAGAUUUAAAAGGACAAGGAGUGUACUACUUCCCCAAAAAAAUCUACGUACACGAAAAAUACAAUAAACCAGCUUAUCACAACGAUAUCGCUCUCAUACGUUUGAAUGAUUCAAUUCGAUACAAUGAAUUCACCCAGAAGAUAUCGUUUUCCCCAAACGAUUCUCCUGACGAUGCAGUCAUCACGUUAACUGGUUGGGGGCGACUCUCGGCAGGAGGAAGUAUCCCAACUGAGCUUCAAGCAAUAGAGUUGAAGCGAAUGGCGUAUGUUGACUGCAAGCGGAAAUUCUCUGACGAUCCAAAUCUGGGCGUUGGCCACUUGUGUACUUAUAAUCAGGCUGGACAAGGAGCGUGCAAUGGAGAUUCAGGAGGACCACUUACCCACGAAGGACUAUUAGUUGCUCUCGUCAACUGGGGCAUUCCCUGCGCCAAAGGAUUCCCUGAUGUCCACGCUAGAGUUUCAUAUUAUCACGACUGGAUAAAGACGACUACCGGUUCUGGGGAGCAGUAACACUAAAUUAGUUCAUUAACAUAUUUAGUAUCUAAAACAUUCAAGCAUUGUUCUAGACAAUUAAAACGACGGAAGUAUUUAUUUAUAAAUUAAAGAAGAAAAUCUGAAAAAAAAUGUAUAAUUUAUUUUAAA